UAGUACAGAUACUGAAAAACCUAUGAACUGCGUCGUCUUCUCUUCCCUCCUCCUCUCUUCGCCUACUUUCAUAUGAUGUGCUUACAUCUCCCAAUUAUUUGAUUUACUGCAUUCAACUGAAGCUGACUCAACCCCAAUGCUCCUCAAACCUUACCGAACCAGUUCAGUUGACUGGAAGCCCUCUCCAGUGGUUGCCCUUGCGACCAGCGCCGACGAUUCUCAGAUUGCGGCCGCUUGUGAGGAUGGCUCCCUCGAGAUUUGGCUUGUCUCUCCUGGCUCCGUUGGCUGGCACCAUCAGCUGACUAUUCAUGGGGAUUCUACUUGUUGAGUUUCGUCGCUUGUGUGGUGUUGCGCUGGUUCGAAAGGCCUGUCUUCUGGCAGGUUGUUCUCCUCAAGUAUUGAUGGCUCAGUCUUGGAAUGGGAUCUUUUCGACUUGAAGCAGAAGAUAGUGCUAGAGUCAAUUGGGGUUUCAAUCUGGCAGAUGGCUGUGGCACCCAUUAAUAAGCUGCCAGCUCUUGAAGAGCCGAGGUCUCAGCAUCUUGGAAAUGGGUAUUUGAAUGCUAAAUAUGAAUAUAAUGAUAGAAGUGAUGGGGAAAGCUGUGAAAGUGAAGAUGUUUCUGACUCAGAACAAGUUCAUCAGAAACUAGUCGAGGAUAGACAUGUAGCAAUUGCCUGUGAUGAUGGAGCUGUGCGGAUAUACACUAUUUCUGAUUCAGAUAAGUUAAUCUACCAUAAAGCGUUGCCUCGGGUCAGUGGACGUACACUAAGUGUGACUUGGAGCCAUGACUCAAAUAGGAUAUAUUCAGGGAGUAGUGAUGGGUUGAUAAGAUGCUGGAAUGCUGAUUUGGGUCAUGAAAUUUUCAGAAGCACAGUUGCUUUUGGAGGCUUGUGCAGUGGGCCUGAGCUUUGCAUAUGGUCAUUACUUUCUUUGAGGUGUGGAACUAUUGUCCGUGCAGACAGCACAGGCUCUGUCCAGUUCUAGAAUGGUGAUAAUGGAACUCUGCUCCAGGCACAUUCUAACCACAAAGGUGAUGUGAAUGCCUUGGCAGCAGCUCCAAGUCAGAACAGGGUGUUCUCUGCUGGGUCUGAUGGACAGGUUAUUCUUUAUAAGCUUUCAAGUGAGUUGCUUCAGUCUAGUAAUGACAAAUCUUCUUUUGAAAUGAUGAAAAAAUGGGUAUAUGUUGGUUAUGUAAGGGCUCAUACUCAUGAUGUCAGAGCCUUGACAAUGGCAGUGCCCAUUUGUUCUGAAGGCUUUUUAUCUGAAGAGGCAAAAGACUUGCAAGGUAAAAAGGGGAAAAAGGUAAAAAUAAUUAGAUGUAGGGAGAAGAAACCCCUUGAUUUUAGUUAUGGUAAAUGGGCUCACUUUGGAGUUCCAAUGCUUAUCUCUGCUGGGGAUGAUGCGAAGCUCUUUGCCUACUCUGCUAAGGAGUUUACUAGGUUCUCUCCACAUGAUGUUUGCCCUGCACCUCAGAGAGUUCCAGUACAAUUGGUCGUUAAUACAAGUUUCAAUCAAACUUCUUUUCUCCUAAUCCAGGCUUCCUAUUGGUUAGAUGUUCUCUGUGUUUGUGUUCCUAAUGUGGGUUCUGUUCCCUAUGGUGGUCUCGUGACAACUAAUAUAGUGGCUCGCAUUAAGAGUAAGGCAUGCCGGAAGAUCAUUUGCAGUGCAAUGUCUAACUCAGGGGAGCUUUUUGGUUAUUCUGACCACAUCAAAUCCAGCCUAUUUGCACUUAGUAGGCAAGCUGGCCAAAGUAAAUGGACUAUUAGUAAAAGGCAACUCCCUCAGGAACUUCCAUCUGCACAUUCUAUGGUUUUUACCUCUGAUGGAUUACGGUUGCUGAUAGCCGGGCAUGAUAGAAGGAUCUAUAUUAUAGAUUUGGAGAGCUUGAGACUACAGCAUACCUUCAUACCUCGUUGUGAGGAGCAUGAGAAGGAAGGACCACCUAGUGAGCAUCCCAUAACAAAAAUGUUUACGAGUUUUGAUGGCCAGUGGUUAGCUGCUAUCAAUUGCUUUGGAGAUAUAUACAUAUUCAAUCUGGAGAUAGAAAGGCAACACUGGUUUAUAUCAAGAUUGGAUGGCGCCUCUGUUACUGCUGGUGGCUUUUCUCCUCAGGAUAACAAUGUGCUUAUUAUCACAACAUCUUCAAACCAGUUCUAUAUAUUUGAUGUGGAAGCUAGACAAUUGGGAGAAUGGUCCAUGCAGCAUACAUUCACGCUUCCCAGAAGAUACCAAGAAUUUCCUGGGAAGGUUAUUGGGUUAACUUUCUCCCCUUCAUCAUCCUCCCAUCCAUCAAAAUCAUCAUCGCUCGUUGUUUAUAGUACCAGGGCAAUGUGUUCAAUUGACUUCGGGAAGCCAGUGGAUCGAGAUGAUGACAGUGAGUUGGUAAAUGGAGCUUUGCUGAAGUUUCAAGGUUCUCUCACCAAUAUGAAAUGGAAAGAAUUGUUGAGAGAUUGUCAAACAGAAUCUAAACUUGUAGAAAAUAAUUUUGAUUUAAUUAUUUUCCGGGACCCUGUUUUAUUUAUUGGGCACCUCUCAAAACAUUCCAUCUUGAUCGUAGACAAACCAUGGAUGGAAGUGGUUAAAUCUUUUGAUGCUCCACCUGUUCAGAGACAUAUUUUUGGGACAUAAAUGCAUGUGGAAGAAAGUUUGUUCACUGCCUUCCUAUGGGAAAAUUCCCUCUUCGGAGUCCCACUCGACUUUUAUGUAAAUGGGGUGGGGGUUUGAGAUCCCAAUCAUCUUGUGUGUUGUAGUCCACAAUUUUUGUUAACGAGCUUUAGGUUUUUUGAGGUGAUUUAAAUUGUUUUGUUAUAUAUAUAUAUAUAUAUAUAUAUAUAUGUCCCAAAAUAGGCUAUUAUUUUGUUCCAGCCGGCACUACUCAAACGUUGUGUGAUGUACUACUGCCAUCAAAAGCAACAAUGACCGGAGAAUUACAGAUUUUGAGCAAAAAAAAAUUUUUUUAAAUCGAUUUAGAAAGCCUUUUCCCACGAUACUAGGGAU